AUGGAUCAUGCAGUGAGUGUGAACAGGACUGAUGUGACUGACAUGCAUCCCUGUUAUGAAAUGGAUCAUUUCAAUUACAAAUGGGCAAGCAGUCCUUCCAUCACAUGUGUGAUGUUGAAUGUUUUCCUUGCAAUACUGGCUAUUGUUACUGUAUGUGGGAACCUUCUUGUAAUAAUCUCAGUCAUUUAUUUCAAACAGCUCCAUACUCCUCCAAACUACCUUAUUCUGUCUCUGGCUGUGGCUGAUCUACUUGUUGGAGUUACAGUCUUUCCUCUCAGCAUGGCAUUCUCUGUUAGCUCAUGUCUGCAUCAUGGACACUUAUUUUGCAAAGUCCGGGGAAGCUUUGAUAUUUCACUGAGCACAUGUUCUAUUCUAAACCUAUGCUGUAUUUCUAUUGACAGAUAUUAUGCAGUGUGUCAGCCUCUGAUAUAUAGAACUAAAAUAAAUGACCAUGUUGUUACGAUUUUGAUUCUGGUGAGUUGGGCUCUUUCGGUUUUAAUUGGAAUAGGUUUAAUUAUUGCUAGAUUAAACAAUGGAAAAUGUGAAAAGAGGUGCUUAGUUGAUGACAUUAUGGCAAAUACAGUUGGACCUGUUUUAUCAUUUUAUCUUCCAGUGAUCAUAAUGCUUUGUAUCUACUUUAAGAUUUUUGUUGUUGCUCUAAAACAGGUUCGAAGCAUCCAGAACACAAAGUCUGGAGGAACUUCCAGUAAGAUGGAGAGAAAAGCAACUAAGACUUUGGCAGUUGUCUUAGGAGUUUUUCUUGUCUGUUGGACUCCUUUUUUUCUGACUAAAAACACAACCCCAGUUCCUGUGAUUGAAGCACUUAACUGGCUCACAUUGUCAAAUUCAAUGCUCAAUCCAUUUAUUUAUGCUUUCUUUUACAGCUGGUUCAGAUCAGCUUUCAGAAUGCUAAUCUCUGGAAAAAUAUUUCAAGGUAAUUUUGCUAACUCUAAACUGCUUUGA